GGACUACCCUCUCUGACGCUGCCUCUCGCUACCCGCUACGUGUGCGCCCGGUACGUGUCUGAGCGUCCGCGAAUAUUUCUCGAUCGCUUUCGCCGCGAUCGGUCGAGAGUGAAGCUGCCACUCGCGCGUGUCGCGACACCCGAUUGACAAUUCAGGAAGGGAGGGGGUGGACAGCGUCAACUGAUCGAGAGGAUAAUAAAUCGGUGUAUAAACUCGCAUGGCUUGGAGGACUGUCAGCGACGUUCUUACGGUUAGUGUUUUGUUUUCGAGUUCGCCACCCGUCGUGCAGCGAUGAGAUCCAAGCCGGUGGCGAGAAGACUGGCACAGGGUAGCAGCGACGAAGGCGAGUCGACAUCGGGUGCGACUGGCGGGGGUGGCGGCAGCGAAAACGCAGAAAUGGAGGAGAACGGAUCGACUCGCACGAGUAGCAACAGCAGCAGCAACAAUCCCGUUUACAGGGAUCUGAAGUUACUUCAAACCAGCGGCGAAGUUCCGCAGGAGUACAGCCUGCAGUCGCGGACCGCCUAUCAGCAGCAGCGCGGAUACUCGCCGGGGAUGGACCGACAACGGAGUUACGAGAAGGAGCAACUUCAACCGUCGCCGUCCUCCAGGGAGGACGAGAGAAAGUCAUCCUGGGACUACGAGAAAAGCUCGCGGAAGGAGUACUCGAGGUCGCGGGAUUACAAUGAAUACCAGGAUGCGAUAAAGCAGGAGCCCAAGGAUCACUCGGGCCGCGAGUGGAUAUCACCGGUCCCGGAGGUCGAGGUCGGCGGUUCGGCACCCGGGGGCCCGUACGUUCGCGCACGCAAAGACAUCCCUCGUGGCGCGAGAUUCGGUCCGUUCCUCGGCAAAUGGGCGAGCGAGCCUUUCAACCCCCGUUACGCGUGGGAGGUUCGCAUAGCUGGCAGCGGAGUAAGAGGCUGGUUGGAUGCGUCUCACGAGGCGAACAAUUGGCUAAAGUAUAUUCGAAGUACUGCCAGCUCACACGCAGUGAACAUGCGCCACGUGCUCAUCGGCGGUCAGAUGGUGUAUGAGGCUGUUCGCGACAUUGCAACGGGCGAGGAGCUCCUUUUGGGCCUUCGGGAGCCGCUCCAGCUGCAGGACAUGCUGGGUGAGAAUACAACUGAGGACAGAAGCGAUCGAGAAACUGCCUCUCAGCACAGUGGAACUGUCGAUGAGGACAAGGAGGACGAGGAAGGAGAAGAAAUAAGGUGCACUGUCUGCGACAAACCGUUUCAAGAUAUUGAACUAUUGGACAGCCACCUGGUGACCUGUCACAGAUACCCAGCGGAGCAACACCGUUGCGACAGCUGUCCCCGUGCUUACGCCUGGCGGCCACUUCUGGUACGGCAUCGCGCCAUCGUUCACGGUGAUCUCAGAAACUAUCCUUGCGAAAAUUGUCCCAAGUCGAACGUCCGGCAGGUCUUCACGGACCCAUCAAACCUACAACGCCAUAUCAGAACGCAUCACGUGGGCGCGAGGAGCCACGCAUGCACGGAAUGCGGCAAGACCUUCGCGACCAGUUCCGGCCUGAAACAGCACACCCACAUUCACAGUAGCGUGAAACCCUUCCAGUGCGAGGUCUGUUUUAAGGCGUACACGCAGUUCUCCAAUUUAUGUCGGCACAAGCGCAUGCACGCUGACUGUCGCAUGCAGAUCAAAUGCGUUAAAUGCGGACAAUCCUUCAGCACGGUAACAUCGUUAUCGAAACAUAAGCGAUUUUGCGACUCCACGACUCCGACUGGUCCGCCUGGAGUCAUGCCUCAAUUACCGACGCCAGCGACGAGCCCCUUCCUGGUGUAUCCACGACCUCCCGUGAGCUUACCAGGCGGUUUACCCUUUUAUCCACCUAGUCUGAUGGGUCCUUAUCCAGCCAUUUUCCCAAAUGCCCCGAAUUUUCUCAACACUCCUCUGCUUUUCCCGCCGAAAAUCGAAGAGAUCGAGAAGAGGAGCGACAGUCCCAAGAAGGAGCGUUUUACUCCUCCGAAAGUAUUGUCGCAACACAAUAAGGUUUCUCCCUCCGCGGCGGAGGAAGCCACUUCUACGUUUAGGCCGUCUCCGGCUAGACCUCCCGUUCAACCGACGCCGGAGAGCGACGACGAUCAUUCAAAGAGAAGAGAGGCGGCCAGAAGCAACGAACGAAAAAUCAAAACGGAGAACACUUCGAAGGAGGAGACGACCGAGCAGCCGUUGGAUCUAAGGGUGCAGACCAAGAAACAGGACACUAUUUCAAGAGCUGCAAACAGGAAGAGCCGCACUCCGUCGCCGUCCCCAGUGCCGAUGGAGGAAACGCCCGCACCUCCCGACCCUCCGAAAACGGAGGAGGACGCGGCCGUUCCACCGCUGAUGGAGCUCGAGUCCAAGGAUGUCCAGGGAAGUAGCCCGCACCUGAGGACCAGUCUGCCACUCGAACAACCGCCGACCAAUACGCCGCCCCACAUGGCUUAUCCCAGACCGAUACACCCGAUGUUCCUCGAAACGAUGUAUCGCGGCCCAACGGGAACCUUCCCGGGAUUCCCCGGCGCACCGCCACCCCCGGGAGGGGCUACCCCGGAAUCCAGGCUGAUACCUCCACUCCCGCCCUUCGCCCCACCGCGCGGUCUUCCUUUUUUAGGCUCGCUUAUGAACGGGCUCAGCGGCGCUAGGCCAGGAGGAGGAUUCGAUUUGCUUGCCCGGCCGCCGCUCAGUGCGUUCCCCGGUGUGAAGCCGUUCCAAGAAACCGUAAUGUCGCCGCAUCACCACCACCACCACCACCACCAUCAUCACGUCCACGGCAAGAUGAAGGAUCGGUACUCCUGUAAAUUUUGCGGCAAGGUGUUCCCGCGCUCGGCCAAUCUGACGAGGCAUCUGAGAACUCACACCGGCGAGCAGCCGUACAAGUGCAAGUACUGCGAGAGGUCCUUCAGUAUCUCAAGCAAUCUGCAGAGACACGUGAGGAAUAUCCACGACAAGCAGCGCCCGUUCAAGUGUCCGCUCUGCGAGAGGUGUUUCGGGCAGCAGACUAACCUGGACAGACAUCUGAAGAAGCACGAGGCCGACGACGGUAGCGGAGUGGUGUCGGUCGCCGAUUCCCCUGGAAGUAGCAACGAGAACGAGCGGGAGGACACCUACUUCGACGAGAUCAGGUCCUUCAUGGGCAAGGUCACUUACGGCGGUGAGAGCGGCUACGGGCUGCCGCAUCACCCAGCCUAUAUUCCCAGUCGCCUGCACGAGAUCAACGAGUCCAAGAUGGAGGUCGAGUAUGACGAGGACGAGGACAGCGAGGAAGGCGCGUCCCCUUUGGAGGAGACCGACGGACUAUCGCCGAUCGAGGCCAAGGAAUCCCCGUCGCCCUCGCAGUACGACCUGAAGCUGAGGGAGAAGCAGGAACUGCUCAAUAACAAUACCGCGGAGCCGGUAAUCGAGAUUUCGACAUAGCCCAGAGGUCAGUCUGGGUGAUCCGCGUGAUCGCUUCGAAGGACGGGGAGAACUCGUCGUUCAUGUACAGAACUAUCGCGGGAUAUACGCUCGUCUUAGAACUCUCGAUCGUGACGGCGUUACUUCGGGAAUAACGUCGAUGCAGGAUUAUUUAGCUUAGAACGGUCCGCGUACUUAGACUGUGCUGAAUAUCAACCAUUUGCUUCUACGAGGCGAGCGAUCCUCGAGUAUAAUCGGGUUAUUCUCCGUGAUCAUAUCGUGACGAUACCGUAAAUCCAUGGAAGAGACAACCUAUAAUCAUAAUUAUAUAAUUACACAUUGAUAUAUCCGUACCGGAAUUUUUCAGAAAGAACUUAGCAAACCCUAUUAUACUUGUAAAACAGGUGCUCUGUAAAGAAAAAAACAAACGCGUAAAGACUCGACGAACAUAACGAAGAUUCUUCUUAUGCGAUCCUUUUUUUACACUUCACGUUUGUUUGCACUGGAGAAGCGUAUUGUAAAGAUCAACGAAUGGACCAUUUAGCCUCCUACUUACACACGCAUAUCACAAGAUCUUCUAUAGUCUAGUUCUAUAGUUUCUACAGACUCGUUAUGUAAACGCGCACGAAAUUCAAUGUUAUCCCCAUUCCGCCCCUCUUCGUCCUUAGCAUUGAUUAGACGAAGCGCGUAUCUUUGUAAUAUUAUUUAUUGCUAUUAUUAAUAAAGUUAAUUUAAUUGUUAUUACUAAAUCGUCGCUCGGUAAAGGGAACGUACGUCAUAAGCGAGAACGAUCAAAGCGAUCUGCGAGAGCUCUGCGAUUUGCGCUUUGUUGUAUAAAUGAGUUGCGAUUGAUCCACCUCGAUGUUUCUAAAUUCUAAGCAUAUCUGUGUGCGCGCGCUAUUUUUCAUUGGUUUGUUUUUGAACGACAGUGUUAGUUGCAUCGCGUUCAGAACGCAGGCGCCCUUCGAGAGUUCGAAAUUAGAUUACCGUAAAAUUCCUAAUGUAAAGUGACUAUAAUCGCUUCAAUCAGUUCGAAUCUUGAACAUUUUCCCCGAGAUUGUUGGAUUUUUUAGAAUAUAGUUGAACGAAAUGAUAUAUUACAGGAAGAAAAAUUCCACCCGCCGGUUGCAGGAUUUAAGAGCCUGGAAUCUGCGAAAUAAGAAAGGUACAUUUUCGCAUCGUGUUCGUGUAUCGAAAUUGAUGUAUGUUAAAUCCGCGAAGCCAAAGCGACGAAGAGAAAAAUUUAACGCGACGUGCGUAACCACCUACUAUGCGCGCGCGAGUGUGUAUAAUUAAAUAAUUAGAAGGCAACAAAAAAUCCUUACGAAAAAUUGUACAAAUUUUCACAAUUAGGUGAUAAAACAUUUGUAAAGAUAAACGAAAGAAGUUUCAGCGCGCGAUUUUUAUUAAUAUACAUAUAAAUACGAUUCUAGAGCGGUCCUCUCUCUUGCGGUAGGCAAGACAGAAGAGUCAUGUAAGCUAAACGAAAACGUUCCUCGCGUUUCACUCAUCUAGUAGAAAUAAUUAAAAGUGAGUGUCCCUAAUGACGUGUCAUCAAUGAAGCGAGGAAAUUAAUAAUGAUGAGAGAUCUAUAAGCAUAGUAUACGCGUAUACAUGUGUACCAAGUACGCUCGCGAUUAAUAAAAAAUGAAACAAAGAAUAUAUCGUUCGUUUGUAAUCACCGAGUUGAGGCUUGUUUUUUCACAUAAAGUUUUACGAACACACGUUCUACAUAUCUCUGUUUCUCUCUCUCUCUUUUUUCUCUUCUCUCUCUCUCUCUCUCUCUCUCUCAUUAGACGAUAAUAAACUUAUGAAAUGAUUAAGCAAAUAUAUUGAACGAAUUACUUAAGGAAAACUAUAAUAUGACGCUGUCUAUCUAUACAUACUGUAUAAAGGCAUCCUGUAACUUCAUUAUGAUUACUAUUAAAAUAUUACACUUCAAGUUGGUUACCUAA